AUGGCGGCACCGACGCUUUGCCCAAAUGGUGGAGGCAAAGUUGAGGGUACGGGAGGGGAGGGACAGGGGACGAGGGAAAUGGCGAGCAGCGAUGACGAGGAGCUGGAAAUAAAGGAGAUGUUUAGAGGGGAAGGGAAAAGAGGAGGUAAAAAUGGGACCUUAUUGCGGGUGACAGUGGAGGGAGUGUGCUGUGCUGUGAGGACAGGAAAUCAUGAAAAUGAGGUUAACGAUGCUGGCGUUUACUGA